UUUCAGCACGGAACUGAUCCUGCACCCUCUGACUGCAACAUGGAGACAGAGUUUCAUAAUCUUCAGGAGCUGAGGCAAAGUGCAUCGCUGAUCACAAAGGUGUUCGUACAGAGAGACUACAGCGAAGGAACUGUCUGCCGCUUCCACACCAAGUUCCCCUCAGACCUCGACAACAGGAUUGAGCGAACCUUGCUCGAAGAGACGGUGAAGACCCUCAACUCUUACUUUGUGGAGGCCGAAAAGAUUGGAGGGCAGUCGUACCUGGAAGGAUGUCUGGCUUGUGCAACCGCUUAUAUCGUCUUCCUCUGCAUGGAGACACACUAUGAGAAGGUGCUGAAGAAGAUAUCCGGCUACAUCCAGGAGCAGAAUGAGAAGAUCUAUGCUCCGAGAGGUCUGCUGCUAACAGACCCCACCGAGAGAGGAAUGAGGGUUCUCGAGAUCAGUGUGUUUGAAGACCGGGGCUCAGGCGGCUCCAGUCCGAGCAGCAGCAUGUCGUCGGCAGGUAGCAGCGCUCGGUGACUGGAGGGGCAGCGCCAGGCUUACGGGUACCACCACAGGGGCAGCGGGACACUUACCAACAUCCGUAUGCUGAAACAUGAGAGCACCAGGUUCUAAGACAAGUGGACGGCAAAAAGGCGACGAGGUGAUCUACAGCAUUCACUCUCUUCCUGCUGUGACUUACGAUGUACCACCUGGAGAACAGGAGCUGGUUUACACAAACACAACAGAACGUGCACAUACACAGCAGUCACAUGUACACGCCAGAGUGUCUGUGAGGGAAUAUAGUUCACUCUCCAACAGCUAUCCAAACUAAAAUAAUCACGAUUUAUUUUCUUCCCAUGUCUCUGUUCAACUUUCCUCUCAUUCCAUCACAUCUGUUGUUUUCAUGAGUCACAGCAUCUCUGUUGUGCGGCUGAUUCAGCAGGCGUACCUUCGA